AUGCGACUUUAUUGCUUCGUUCCGCUACUGCCUAUCUUAAUACUACACGUUCAUCGUUCGGCUAGCUAUAAAAUUUUGAUUUUCUCGCCACGUGUUGGCUACAGCCAUGUGAACUAUUUUGGUCAGAUUGCAGAUAUCCUGGUUGAAGCUGGAUACGAUGUUGUUGUAUAUUUGGUGAACAUGGAUCCGGAUGUGCACAGCAAUGGAACGAGGUUAGCGCGAGUGGUUGAGGAUUCACACUCACCGUUUUUACUGGAAACAAAAAAUCUGAACAAAAGAAUUUGGCACAAUGAUGGCGGUAGCGUACUUGAAAUUUAUAAGGUUAGGUUCACUGCAUUCUAUACUAACAAUGUACUGAAAAAUGACAAGGUGCUGGAAUAUUUACGAAGUGAAAAAUUCGAUCUCGGUAUUACCGAAGCUAUCAGUUUUUGCGGCUACAGGAUUUUUGAAAAAAUUGGCCUCAAAACCUAUAUCACAGGAUUCACCAGCAAUCUAGUUGAAAUAAUAUCGGAUAAACUUGGUGUAAGCAGUAAUCCGAGCUAUAUUCCAGAGAGCAGUGAAGCAUGGGUUCGAAUUUACUUGGACGAAAAUAUGAUAGAAAGUGUUGGGAGGAGUUCAUUUGCAUUCGUCAAUUCGGAAGAGCUUUUAGAAUUUCCUCGCCUUUUGAGUCAUAAAAUUGUAUAUAUCGGUGGUGUUGCUGUCGAAAAACCAAAACCACUAAACGAGGAUUAUGGCAAGUUGAUGGAUGCGGCGGCAGAUGGCGCUGUUUUGAUUUCAUUCGGAUCGGUGGCUAAAAGUGUGCUAAUGACUGACCAACAGAAGGAUGCGUUUUGCAAUGCAUUCAAAGCCUUCCCCAAGGUGAAAUUCAUUUGGAAGUAUGAAAUAAAUGAUAGUGUGGCGACAGAUCUUCCGAAUGUUUUCAAAGGCAAUUGGAUUCCUCAGACUGAUUUUCUUGGUAAUUUCUAUUUUUAUGCGGUUUUUGCAGCUAUGCAAUGCUGA